AGCUGGGUUUGGCUUUUUUGUAAUCUUAAGUAUUUUCACGUUUUUCUAAAAUGUCUAAGACCAGUGUCGCAUUAAGCGACAAACGCUCUAUGAUGUGGAAAAAUGACAAUGUUGAUCAUUUCAAUAGUAAGCCUGUAAUCGCCUUUGACCUUGAACGACCGCUCACCUCACUCAAGAUUUCGGACUUCGCUGUGGCAUAUUCCCAACACGAUGUGCGCCCGGCACGACACAUGUCCGAUGUGCGCCUCCUGCCGGGCAUAAUGCAGAAUAUGAACGAUUUGGAUUUUACACAGCUGCUGCGUCUACAGAGCUACGCCUGGCCACAUCUUAUUGGAGGCAUAGAUAAUGGUGCUAUUAUUACAAGUGCUCCCUGCAGUGGACGCUCAAUGUGCUAUAUACCGCCUCUGUGUCAGGCUGUGGUCACCUCCAUGACCGAAAUUGCGAGUCCCUGGGUGGGCCCGCUGGCGUUGGCCGUGGUGCCGGGCUUACAGCGCGUAGCUAAAGUUGCCAGUCAGUGCUGCUCGUUACUGAACAAGAUGCCCAUGCCCAAUCCUUUCAGCACGAUAAUACUAACCGUGCCCUCAGCGUACGAAGAUAAUUUUUUUCAACGACUGUGGAACGGUGUUGGAUGUCUGAUUUGCACACCUAACCAAUAUUUGUGGCUGCUUCAUAAUUAUGGCGAAGUGAUCCAAUUUCGUAGGUUGAGCUUUGUGGCCUUAGAUGACGUCGAUUUGAUAGAUUCAAGUCAACUGGAGCAGGUUUACUCGCAUCUAUUGGAAACGACCCGUACUUGUCGGCCUCAAAUGGUCAUGACCUCACAGUCGUAUUUACCCACAAUGCUGCCAAAGCUAUUGGCAUUCAAUGACCAUCCAAUGUUGCUCUUUGGUGAUGAGCUAGAGGCAGCACUCUAUGGAGGCGCACGUAUAAAAAUAUGCAUGGUGAAGAGUGAGUCGAAACCCAAGGAGGUGCUGCGAAUUCUCAAGGAGCGUCAGCCCAACAGAAUGCGUACUGUAGUUUUUUGCAACAUAGACAGCGAAACUAAAAAAUUGGUGUCAGAGUUGGAACGUAAUAGCUACAAAUGUAUUCCAUACUACCUAGACAUCUCUCUCAAUACCCUUGAACUUAUGAAGGACUGGAUUGAAAAUACUCGCGGUGCCGUGCUUAUCUGCACUGGCUGUUGUCCCGACAUUAAUUUGCGUGGCGUUCACACUAUUAUACACUACGAAGUGAGCGAGAGCUACUCCAUGUUCAAGGAACGUCAUCUCUUGUUCUUACACAAUUGUAAAAAUCCCCUGUAUCCUUUUAAGUCGAAGACAUCAGGCUUGUCAUUGCAAUCGGUGGUAUUACUGGACGAAAGCAAUAAUGAGCAGUUACCUCGCCUUGUCGACUUCAUGAGGCGGCAUAAAUAUACUUUAGAUGAAUGCGUUGUCCAGUUAUCUAACCGCAUACAAAAUGAAAAGCAGCGAAAAAAAGAUAAUGAGCCAGCGCUCUGCACACAUCUUAUGACUCACGGCGUCUGUGACAAUGUACAGUGUGAGUGGCGGCAUGAGUUACGCGAGUACGAUAACUUGCCUGCUAACUUGCCCAAUGAUGGCGAUAUCAAAGUGGAUAUUGUGAGGGUCUAUUCGCCUGUGCACUUUUGUGUACGUCUACUGGAACAUUUACCACAAGAUGGAACUUGGAAGGAACAGAAGCAUUUGUACAACAUGGGCAAGAUGGAAUUGAGACUCCAGAUUCACUUUUCAAAUCUGGAGAAUCAACAAUGUUUUUGGCCGCCUCAGGCGAAGAAAAUUUGCAUUCUACAUUCACCAAAUGGCUUCGAACGUGUGCGCAUCUUAAACGUUGCUUCCAUCAAACACAUUAAUUUGGCAUGCACGGAUCUUGAGGUGCAGGUGCAAGCACUGGAUGUGGAUAGACGCAUUGUUUCGACCACCAGUGGUCAGCUAUAUGUUUGUCCUCCGGAUUUGAUUAAUUUGCCACCCUUGGCCAUUGAUUUACGCCUUGUUGGCCUGGUGCCGGAGACUAAUGAACUUUCGUUUUUCGAAAAAGAUGGGUAUAUAGUUCGCGAUUGGCUCAACAAUCUUACGAUGGAGCACUUCAUGCAGGCCAAAAUAGUUUUUGCUUUGUCGCACACGAUCUUUGUGCGCACUAUAAAAGCCAUGACAUAUGCACCCGCCAUGAAGGUACAUAUCGAUAUAUUGAACGUGCGUCAGCGCCUGCUUAAUGAGCGUCUGGUCAAGUAUAGCCCACAGACAGAGACUAUGCUACUUGAUUUUCUUGUUGGUCAAAUUGAUGAAGUGGAAAACGGAUCAAGUAGUUCUGAGACAUUUUAUGAUUUCGACGAUGCAAGUUUUGACGAGCAACAGGAAAUUGGGAGUCAUAAACGGACAGAGAAGAGCGAACCGUUUGCUGAUCUAAUUGAGCAAACCCCGCAGCAAAUAGAUACAUCCACGAAUUCCUCCAAACUGUCGCGUCAAAAAACGGCUGAGCCGGCGUCACCUUUAAAUAAAUUGCAGCAUAGAUUAAAACAAGAAUAUGGGCGUUUACAACAAAAUAGUGUAGGAGGCGAAGAAAUACCAUCGGCUGAAAUGGCCGCCAAAGGAGAACAACUUAAACAAAUAACGGGUGAAGAGGAUAUAAUAUGUGAACACCAAAAGGACAAGUCCGAGCAGAAGGCCAGUCUGGUUGAAUCGAUCGAAGCUGUUGUUGACGAAACGCUAAACGAAUUUAGUGAUAAAUCUGAGCAAUCGUUUGGUUCUGACAAUAAUAACUUAAACCAGCCAGAUAAAAUUAACGGGAGGAAAAUCAAAACAAACAGCGAACCAUCUCCUGAUAUAAUUAAGUGGAACCAUCAGCAGAUAGAUACGUCGCACCAAAAAACUACUGUGCGGGCGGAACCUUUAAAUAUAUUGCAGACUAUAUUACAAAAAGCAUACGGGCGUUCACAGCAAACUAGUUUAGGUGGCGAAGAAAUACAAUCGCCUGAAAUGGCCGCCAAAGCAGAACAAAAUGAGGAGGAUGAUCAAUUAGACAUGUACGAGGAGAAGGCCAAUGUGCUUGAAUUUUUCGAAGCUGUUGUUAACGGAAUGUCAAAAAAAUUAGGUGAUUACAAUAAUAAUCUGCACCAGCAACAGAAACGUACCGUAAGGAAAAGCAAAAUAUCUACUGAGCAGUUGCAUCGAAAAUUGAAGUCUAAAAAGCAUGCAAAGACAUUGCACACGCUCGAUUAUUUUCCACGCCCAGAAAAAUUGCCGCCUGGCUGCGGCUAUCCUGAGGUUUUUUAUUAUCAAACCAGAAAGACCUUGGAGCUGCAGGUGCUGCUGCCGGAGGAUAAAAUACGGUACACAUGCACUUUGCAAACAUGUGGAAAAAUUUGUUUUAGCACCAUGGACUAUGAGCCGAAAAAAUUGUCGUUCGCAAUAUCGACGGAAUGUGUAGGGCACUUCAGUAAACUGGAUCAUCAUAUGAAAGGACGGACAGUUUACAUGAGCGUUCAUAAGAGUAUGAUCAUUACAUAUCCCUUGCCAUUUAAAUACUAUAAGUUUAUGAAACCAGGCUUUGGUCAUCUCGACAAUGACGUUGUGCGUUGGAAAGACCAUAAUAACCCAUUUCAGUUGUAUCUGGAACCCGAGUACAUUCAUCGACAACAAUCAGGCGAUGAUUUUGAAUCCGAUACUGAGGAGUGGUUGGAUCCGACUAUCGAGACUGCAAAAGAAUAUUUUGAUGGUGAUGUGUGAAGUGUUCAACUGUAAUACUAAUCCAAAUCACAAUGCAAUAUUUUUAACACUUGAUCAAAUCAAAAAAUGUAGAAUUAAGUUGAGCCAUAGUUAGUCAACAGCAAUUAUAUUUCUGCGUACCGAAAAAUAAGGCAUAUGCAGAAGUAUGUACAGACAUACUCAUGUACACAUACGUAUGUAUACAAGUAUGUAAGUAUAAGUAUGACUGUCGUUGUCUACAAUUAAGAAUUGUAUAAUUUUAUCACGAAUUAAUUUUAGCAUGAUAGAAUUUA